AUGAUUGGAAGCAAAAAAGGUUGCUUGGGGGACAAAGUGGGCAAGAAUGCUCCAACAACGUCGAGAGAAAUCGACUGGCGGCCGUCUUGUGGUGAGAUCAAGCUGCUUAGCUUGACCUGGAAACGAGCUCGUUGUUGGGGUCCGCUCAACGCGGGCCCAGUGCUAUCUCGGACAGGUGAAGGCUGUCUCUCAUUCCCAACCGAGAAAUGUGGACAAGAAGCAGAUGAGACUUUGCCCAAUAGGGCACAGCGUGGCCAAACUGGUCUGGUCUCGUUAGAAGGUGAGAUUUACAUUUUUCACAGUUUCUGA